AUGGAUUCCUCAAAGCCAGGACUCGAUCUCGAGAGGGAGCUGACGUGCUCUAUCUGCACCGAACUCCUCUACCAGCCUUUGACGCUUCUCGACUGCUUGCACACCUACUGCGGUGCAUGCUUGAAGGACUGGUUCUCUUUCCAGGCGAACCAGGCCGAGAACUCUCCAACCCCGCCCGUACCCGGCGCCAACGUCUUCACCUGCCCGUCAUGCCGUGCGCCGGUGCGCGACACGAGGCACAAUGCCACCGUCGCAACCCUCCUCGACAUGCUGGUCGCGGCGAACCCAGACAGGAGGAGAUCGGAGACUGAUGUGGAGGAGAUGGGCAAGAAGUACAGGCCAGGCGACACAGUGCUGCCUGAGCUGAGACUCCCCGAGAGGACCCCGGAGGAGAGACGAGCCGACGACGCGGAGAGGAGGUUGCUGGAAGACGUGCGAGAUCUUAGCCUCAGGGAAGCCGGUGUAGAAUCUUCUUCCCUGGCCCCUCGACAUGGACGACGCAGGGAGGACAGCAGCUCCGCUGAUGGCAGAGCACGCCGAAGCCGAGACCACAGUCGGGACGGCCGCCACGGCCCCAGGUACGAGGGUAGCCGAAGGCCCCGGGCCAACGAAGGGCGAUCCAGCGCGGACCAGCUGCAGCCACAGUCGGAUGCGAGAUCGAGCGAGCACAGGAGGCGACGGAGGAGCGAGUCGAGGCACCGUUCCGACGAGUCAUCCGACACGAGGCGCCGACAAAUUGAGCACCAAUCAUCCCUGAGAUCUCUGAUCAGCUCGGGCGACUUGAGCGAGCGCGACAUUGAGAGAGAGAUUGAAGACUUUGCCAGGCAAAUCCAGGAGGAGGGGCUGUUGGACGGGCUGGACCUUGACAAUAUCGACCUGAGUCGGAACGAUGAGUUGAGCCGCAAGAUCACAGAGGCCUACCGACGAAGGCAACGGGAGCGCACGAGAGCCGAGGCGGCGGCGGCGGCGGCGGCGGCGGCGGCGAGGAGGAACAACGCGAGCGGGCAGUCCAGAUCCUCUCCUGACCGAGUGCAUGAGAUACGGUCUGGUGCAUCGGAUAACAGCAGACCAACCAGCAGGCAACGGCCGCAUUCGAGGUCAACCAGCGCGAGCGGCUUCCCCGAAGACCGCAGCCGCCCACCGCUCUCCCAGAGCGCCCUGCAUCUCGAAGUGCGACCGGAGGAGAGGCGAAGAAGGAGGCGGACCUCGAGCGGCGGCCGUAGUGCAACGACGCCUCUGCCAGAAGCAACGCAAUCCGAAACUCGGGUGACGACGCGCUCGCAGACAGACUUGUCGACGACGCGGCCACAAUUUGGCGAAGCAUCCGCCCCGAGGACUGUCUUCACCGAAAUCCGAAGUUCCAGCACGCCCUCGGUGCCCACUACGACGCAGUCUCCGACAACCGCGCCGCCGCCACGCGACCUCACCUUCGCCAGCCGGGUGACGAACCCGUCGGCGCUGGUGUCGGCCAACUUCGCGCCGUCUCCUCCCAUGGAGCCGCUGUCGCCUCGCAUGCAACGACCGAACCGACCGGCGGACCUGUCCAUCAUCGGCCAGGCCACGUCGGGCCCUGUUGGGCUGGGUCUGGGCAUGAGCAGUCCAACCACCCCCGGGCACCAACGGACACGAUCACAGCUUUACCCUGAACCAUCGAUUACGUGCGCCCGUUGCGCGAAGCAGCACAUCGAGUAUGAGCUUCACUACAACUGCAACAUCUGUGCCAGCGGCAACUGGAACAUCUGCCUCGAGUGCUACAGGUCGGGCAAGGGCUGCCUACACUGGUUCGGCUUCGGAUACGGCGCCUGGGCCAAGUGGGAGAAGGCUCGGCACGCGGCCAAAGAAGACAUCCCUAGGCCCCACAUGCUGACGGCAAACCGGUAUCUCCAGCCCAAGAUCAUCCCUGGCGGCGCGGAGGGCAGACGGACGCUUACGACGGAGGACCCGAUAAAGAGGCUGGAAAGCGGCAACUUCUGCGCGCGGUGUCUGACCUGGGCGAACGAGUGCUUCUGGCGCUGCGACAACUGCAACUUUGGCGACUGGGGGUUCUGCAACAGCUGCGUGAACCAGGGGCGGUCAUGCACCCACCCUCUCCUGCCCCUGACCUAUCAGCCGCAGCCGUCACACACGCCGCCCGCGAGCCCCAGAUCGCCUCGGCCGCCUUACGCGGCCGCGGUCCUGACGGGACCCAACAUCCACAGCAUCGGCCCGUUCAAGCCGCUCACUUUCACGACCCGCUGCGACGUCUGCCAGGACCCCAUCGCUCCCAGCCAUAGCCGAUACCACUGCUUCACCUGCACCAGCUCCAUCGAGCCGGACACCCAGCCGGGCGACUAUGACGUUUGCACAAACUGCUACGCCAACCUCGAAGCACGCGACCAGAUCAGUCCUGAGAACGGGCAUGCAGGUUGGCGCCGGUGCCUCAACGGACACCGCAUGAUCGUCAUCGGCUUCCGCGACGGGCCUGGCGGGCAGCUGCGGCACAUCCUGUCCGACCUCGUGGGCGGGCGCAACCUACGUAUCACCGCGGCGGAGGGCAGCGACGAGCAGGCGCCGCAGAAAUGGUGGUGGUACGAAGGCGGACAGAAGCGCGAACGCUUCGUCACCAGGGACGUCGCGGCCGAUGCACCGAUGGCCGAGGGCCUCGCGCCGGGGUUCCCGCCCGAUGGCGGCGGGGGAAUUCGAGCGAGCGCCACGUGGGCCUGGUAUCCCAAGGCCGAAGACGAGCUCUUGUUUCCCAGGGGCGCGGAGAUCCGGGAGAUUGAGGAUGUUAAUGGGGACUGGUUCUUCGGGGUCUACAUGGGCGCCAAGGGGCUGUUUCCGUCGCCGUACGUGAGACGACUGGAUGAUCACAAGUGA